AUGCGCGAAGCAGCUUCCCGACCCGGCAUCUACCCCUCCCAAAUGCACAAGGAAAUCCACGCCCAUACUUCCGCCACGCAGACGGGAGCCGCCAGGGUUCAAUACCGGUCCCGCCUCUGCGUGGCGCCCAAUCAGGGCGUUUCGUCCCGCCCUAAACGCGCACGGAAAAGGUGGGCUCCCAGAGCUGGUACAUGCGCGCUGCAGGCGCUGGUUCAACACCAAGAUGAAGUCUACUCUUUUGUCUUAGGAGGUGGCGGCAGCCUCAUCUCUGCACAGAAGGAACCGUGGCUGCGGGACCCUUCCUCACUUCUGAAAAUGACGGGUGAAAUCACAGAAACCGGGGAGCUUUAUUCGCCCUACGUUGGGCUGGUGUACAUGUUCAACCUCAUUGUGGGCACAGGCGCGCUCACCAUGCCCAAGGCCUUUGCCAGUGCUGGUUGGCUCGUCAGCCUGGUCCUGCUGGUGUUCCUGAGCUUCAUGAGCUUUGUGACCACGACCUUUGUGGUGGAAGCCAUGGCCGCAGCCAACGCUCAGCUCCGCUGGAAGAGGAUGGAAAGCCACAAGGAGGAGGACGAGGAGGACUCGUCCACCACCUCUGACAGCGAUGUUCUCGCCCAGGACAACUAUGAACGGGCUGAGAGGCGACCCAUCCUGUCUGUGCAGAGACGUGGAUCUUCGAACCUCUUUGAAAUCACAGACCGGGUAGAGAUGGGACAGAUGGCUGGCAUGUUCUUCAAUAAAGUGGGCGUCAACCUGUUCUACUUCUGCAUCAUCAUUUACCUGUAUGGAGACCUGGCCAUCUAUGCCGCCGCCGUACCCUUCUCCCUCAUGCAGGUGACCUGCACCUCAAGUAAUGACUCCUGCGGCGUGGAGACCAAUGCCAAGUACAACGACACCGACCUGUGCUGGGGCCCCGUCCGCCGAGUCGACGCCUACCGCAUCUACUUGGCCAUCUUCACCAUCCUCCUCGGACCCUUCACCUUCUUUGAUGUCCAGAAGACCAAGUACCUGCAGAUCCUGACGUCUCUCAUGAGAUGGAUCGCCUUCGCCAUCAUGAUCGUGCUGGCCCUGGUCCGCAUCGGGCAUGGCCAGGGGGAGGGCCACCCACCACUGGCCGACCCCGCAGGGAUCCGGAACCUGUUUGGCGUGUGCGUGUACUCCUUCAUGUGCCAGCACUCUCUGCCAUCCCUCAUCACCCCCGUGUCCUCCAAGCGUCACCUCACGCGGCUGGUCCUCUUGGACUACGUACUGAUCCUGGCCUUCUACAGCCUCCUCUCCUUCACCGCCAUCUUCUGCUUCCGCGGCGACAGCAUCCUGGACAUGUACACCCUCAACUUUGCGCGCUGCGACGUCGUGAGCCUAGCCGCUGUGCGCUUCUUCCUGGGUCUCUUCCCUGUCUUCACCAUCAGCACCAACUUCCCCAUCAUUGCAGUGACGCUACGCAACAACUGGAAGACGCUCUUCCACCGUGAGGGUGGCACCUACCCCUGGGUGGUGGACCGUGUGGUCUUCCCCACCAUCACCCUGUUGCCCCCUGUGGUGGUGGCCUUCUGCACCCACGACCUCGAGUCCCUAGUGGGCAUCACGGGGGCCUACGCGGGCACCGGCAUCCAAUAUCUCAUCCCCGCCUUCCUGGUAUACCACUGCCGCAAGGACAUCCAGCUGGCCUUUGGCCAUGCGACCGUCAACAAGCACAGGUCCCCCUUCCGCCACACCUUCUGGGUGGGCUUCGUGUUGCUCUGGGCUUUUUCCUGCCUCUUCUUCGUCACGGCCAACAUCAUCAUCAGCGAGGCCAAGCUCUGA